AUGAACCUGCUGCCUUUACGUGCAAGCGGGGCCGCUCUCUUGCUCUUUCCUAUUAGCCCAGUUUUUGACCCGGGACAAUGUGUGGCGGCAAGUUGUCGUCUCGGACUUAACUUCCUCCUACAAUGGGUGCCGAAAGCGGUCUCGUGUUCUCGGCUGCUUUCCAGCGGCUUGGUUGAGACCGCCAUCUUCCGUUCGCUCAAUGUCGCCAUCCCCGUUGUCUACCGCCAGGUAAACGACGACAUUGCCACAGUGGUCCGCUGGCUCUCUCGACCCUCGGUUUCCACGGUCACCGUCGCUCCCGUUCCGGCGAGUGCGAGUCCUCUACCAUGGUUGGAAGAAAAUGGCGCGACCGGCUGCGCAGAGUUCGCGAUCGUGUCUUCCAUCGACGAAGUGCACCGCGAGGAGAAGCUUCUAUUCCAUCCACUCAUGCUACGGCUCCGUCCCAGAUCGAUAUACAGCAUCAGAACCACCCCGGAUUGCCGAACGAGCCGCAGCCUCCUGUGA